AUGCUGAGGCGCUGGCAGGACGACAUGGCGACGCUACUCAUCUUCGCCGGCUUGUUUUCUGGUGGUGUCCUCACCGUCUUCCUCAUCGAGUUCUACACGACUCUUCAGCCCGACUACGAGGAAAUCUCGAUCCGGCAGCAGCGGCUGAUCUCGGUCAACCUUCAGGCUCUGCUCAACACAACUACAGGCGCUCCGGCGUACCCCAUUUUUGACACGACUGAUGCACUAUCGGAUUUCCAUGUUCCACGGUCUGCCUUAUGGACACAGGGCUUAUGGUUCUCGGCUCUAGUCUGCGGUAUAUCAGUAGCAUUACUAGCUUGGCUCGUGAAGUCAUGGCUCCUCGACUACGUGAAGGGCAUGAAUAGCGGGAAUACUUAUGAUCGUGCACAUCGCCGGCAACAUAGACAUGAUGCUCUUCUGAGUUGGCAUGUGCCGGCAAUCAUUGCCUCCCUCCCGGCUCUCAUGCAUCUGACUGUCAUGUUAUUCUUGAUUGGCCUCGUCAUUCUCAUGUGGCAGCUAAAUCGUGCUAUUGGGUACAUCAUGCUAAGCAUGGUCAUUCUCUUAGCCUGCAUAUAUGCGGGAUCAACUCUGCUGCCUCUAUUUUGGCCAUCAUGUCCAUAU